AUCAAAAUUUAUUUUAUUUAUUUAAUUAAUAAUUUGUUAUAUAUAUAUAGAACAAAGACAUAAUGGUCUUUUGCCACUUAGUGAAGAAGAUAUAUUUCAUAAUGGUACCAUGAAAAUGAUAAUGAAAUUUCUCAUAAAUUCAAUACGUAAUUGAAACAAAAACUUUUAAAAGUGGUAGUGAGAACUUUUGUUUUUAAUGAAAUUUAGUUUAGGUUUUAGGCAUUCACCGUUUCAAUAUAAGAGUUCUGGCUUUUCCUUUUUUACUCAUUAUUUUGAUUUGGUUAGAAAAAAAUCUGAUAUUGAAUAAAAAUGGAAAUAUCUGGGUGUCUCAGGAUUAUAGUAUUUUGAUAUUAGUUGUAUGUUUAAUUAAGAUAAUUACAUAAACUAUUUGUUUUUCGGUUUAGAUUGAAACCGAAUUGAAUCGAACUGUUCUUUUUUUUUUUCUCAUUUCAUUUCAUGAGAGCCCAAUGGGCAAUACAGAUAGAUCAGUACAAAGCCCAACUAGAGAAUUUUAAUAAAAUACAGUCCAUAUAGAAAAGCGAUUUGUGAUGCAUGUCCAUCCAUGUGUAGCCUUCACCAGCUCUCUGAAACAUGCGUUCUUCAGUCAUGAAGCAGCAAUCUUGGCUGUCUCAAACUUCGUCGGCAGGCACUGCCGGGAUGACUCUGAAGUCGUCUCUCCAUCUUUGUCUUCUCAGCUUAGAGGAUUUGUACCAAUCGAUGCUCUUUCCACAAAGGAUCGAACUAACUAGUUGAACUCAUCAAACCACCGGAAACAAUCUGAUUCUGAAAAAGUUCUUGUUCAACUGGAAAAUGAUUUUUGUCGGACCGCCAUGAACGCCGACUCUACUAAUCAUACCCCAAACUGACAGAUACUUUCAAUCCUCCAUACCUCUUCCAAUCAGAGAAAUUUUACUUCAAUUUAGUAUAUAUUAGAAGUAAAGAUUGAUGCUCCUAGGAAGGUCUCUGGACAAACCAAUGACCUGAGAGUUCGAACACCAGUAAGCCGUAAUUGAGCACAUGUGGAAGAGCUUGAUACAGCUUCGAUUUCAAAUCGAAAACUUUAUUGUUCAUAACAAACCUGAGUAAAAAAUAUAAAAACUUUAAUAUUUGCCCAGAUUUGAAUGAGAAAGCACAACAAAACUCGCCAACGUAAAGAAGAGAUCGCCAAGUAAAGAAGAAAUCCUACAGGCAGAAACGAACUCGUAUUUACAAGACAAAACAGAAUCGAACCCUCCCUUGUGAAAGAUAUGGGUUUGGUAACAAGGAAGGUUCGAGAGAAAAAUUCUUUCUCGAAUCGAACUGUUCAGAUUGGAUAAAUCUUUAACCGAAUGAUUUGAUAAUAGACUUAGGUUUUAUUUGGGUUGGUUUGAACUUGAUUGGUUCAAUUUGACUCGGUUCAAUUCAGUUGUUUUUCCUACUAAUUAUAAACAACAAAUUUAAACUGACUAUAAUAUAAAUUAAUUUAUUAGCAAAAAAAAUUACACCGAAUAAUUAUAAUAAUUUUAAAUAAGCUAUAUAAAAUAAUAUACAAUUAAAAUAAUUUUAACCCUAAACAAUAUAUAAUUAAUUUAUAAAAAAAAUUUGAUCAAUUUAAAAUAAAAUCUGCGCUGUCAUGUAGUCAUCUAGUUUGGAUUAAAACACGUACUCGUAACAUAAAACAUUCAUGUCCAACUCCGGUGGUAAUUCUAGUAGUAUUAUUUUUGAAUUGUUUUUAUUUACAUUCAUUUUCCUCAUUUUCUCCUUUUUGAAGUAGUAUAACAUUUUGUAUUUGUUGACGAAAAAAAUAAUAUUUUGUAUUUAAUUUUUAUUCCUUCUAAGUUCUUUUUUUAAACAGUUCGAAUAAUGGCGUGGAAGAAAUCAAGAAAGUGCAUGGUUCCCACUCGCCAACGGCUAAAUCCCCAAACGGCUCAUUUUGACUAUCGCAUUUAGGAGCCUUCUUCAACUAAUAAUUUUUAAUUACUACUAUUAAUUAAAUGCGUUUACCCAGAAAAGCGAUAUCUGUGCACAAUUACCAUUUAAUUUAAUAUCCGAAACUACAGCUUUUUAUAACUAGUAUAUAACCAAUUUGACGCUUAGCCACGAAAGCUUUUCUUUCUCGAGAACCUCAAACAUCUCUCAUCUUCUGUUAUUACACCUCAUUUCGUUAUUUCCUUUAUUUUACAGACACGUUCCAACGUUCAAGGGACAAAACAGAGCGAUUUUAGGACACAUUUUAUUUUAGCGGUGGAGGGAAAAAAAAAAGAAAAAGAAGAAAAGUCUCUUACUACUAAAACAGAUAAGCACAUUACUGUUUAAUUGGUUUUGUUUUCUUCUUCAUCGUUCUGUUCCUCGUAUCUUCUCCACCGCUUGUUUUGUUCUGUUUUUAUUUUCUCUUGUGCGAGAAAAUUCAGUGUCUUCACUAACCCAAAACGAUCUUCUCCUCCUUUUUUUACUUCCUCUUGUAGAGACACACAGAAACAGAGAGCUGUUCUUUAAAACCUUCGAUCGGUUGAUAAAACUCGAAUGAGUGUUUGAUUCGUAAAACAUAUGGAGAUAUCGUCUUCGUCCCAACGGUUCGGUUGUAUCCUUAGAGAUCGUAAUCAAAACGCUUUCGUUUGCAAGAAGAAUCUAAAAGCUCCGGUGAAAGACCGCCAUCAUCAUCGUCAUCAUCACGAGCUCUUUAAAUCUCACGUCUCCGACGAGAAUUCUGAGAACUUGGUCGAUUCUUGGAUCGAGGCUCUUAAUAAAAAAAACGAUAGCAACAAUGGUAUUGUUCGGUUAACGGGUAAACCAACCGUUAGAAAAUCGCGUGUUAGUGCAUCUCUUCCUAUAGAAGAAUCUGUUUCGAGGAAGGAGAAAUGUGAUGAAUCGAAGAGAAACAACGGAGCUUCUUCGCUGGUACAGAUAUGGGAGGCGAGGCUAAACCCAUCCAGCGGCGGAAACUCGCCGAGCCAUAACCAAUCCACGGUGGCUAGUAGUAUCCGGGGAGAUUCAGGAGACAGCGUUCAAGAUUCGUGUUUCUCAGAAUCUCCGUCUGAUGAAUCGGAAGCUGAGAAUGGUCAUGUGGAGAUGGAAUCUCGGUCACAGGGUUCAGUUUCUGAUUCCGGUAGAGUCGCUGACUUAAUUAGGAGGCUUAGCAAUGAAAAGAAGCUAAUCGCCCGCGGGGGUGGACUCUCGACUAUCAAAACGCCGAGACCUUACAUUUCGUCGGAGAAAAGCAGUUUUCCGAUAAUUGGUUGCUCCCCGAGACUCCGAGGACGGCAAGCGUUCACCGAUCUGCUUAUGCGAAUGGAACGGGAUCGCCACCGCGAAUUGGAUUCGCUUCAUCAACGCAACGCAGUUUCUAAGUUUACUCAACGUGGCCGCCUCCAGUCAAUGCUAAGGCUGAGGAACCUCAAACGCUGUCUAGCAAUUCAUGAUCAAUACCGGUCUAACGAAAAAACGACUAGAUUGAACCGGAUCGAACCAGGCUCUGCUGUUCUACGUUUAAGGGAGAAAUUUCGUGCUAACGCAGUCAACGCUGAUACGAGUAAAGAGACAGAAGUAGCUACAGAGAGGACAGGGUUGAAGAAAGGCGGUAUUAAUCAAGAAGCUUCUUUCGCUACAGCAGGCACAACGUUAUGUAAGGAAGAAGAAACUGUAAAUGGAACAGUUGAAGCAGACGUGGAUUGCCUUGAGCUGCAAGAAACAAGAGGUGCAAAGACUUGGAAUGACAACAAGUUCGAAGAUAAAGAGGAAAUAACAAGUCAGAUUGAGAUAAAAAUGGAAAAUUGUGUGCAAGAAGCUCCAGAGACGCAAGGUGUGGGACAUGAGAGUAACGAGAUGGACCAGUGCCUUGAGAAACAAGAAACAUCAUACAUGAAUGGAUGGGAAGAUCAAGAAGAGUAUGAAGAGGAGCAGUAUUAUUACAGAGAAGCGAACAAUGACUGGCUCAGCGAAAUAUCACGGCCGAGAAGUUAUUGGGAGGAACUGAGGAAGUCACGGUACCUGGAAGUAAUGAACACUCGGUCUGAGAAAGAAGACAUACGUAGACUUCUUGAGCGAAGAACGGUAACAGACUUUCUCGAGAGCGGGUUAAGAGAGGAGAUCGAUAGGCUCAUGAUGUCCCGUGUGCAGACACACUCGAAUAAAUCUUGUCAAAAAUGGGAACAAGAGGAAGAACAGAACAAUGAAGCUGACGAAAAAGAAGAGCCAUUAACAGAAGGCGAAGAGCAAGACGAUAGAGAUGAUGACUCUAGCCGAGCUUCUUCUCAUAUUUUUGCAUCGUCUCCUGCCGGAUCAUGGAGUUCGCAAGACACUGAAGUAACGUCUUCCACUCCUGUCUUGUCUGUUCAUAAUUCUCCUUCACCCGAAAUGGAGCUUAUAAGUGACAUGAGAGCACAGAUCCAACAGCUUCACCAAGAAAUGUCGUUACUGCGAGACUCUGUCAAGACAUGUUUGGAUGCUAACGCGAGCUUGCAACAGUCAUUCCACGGAGAAAACCCAAUGAAACGCAAAUGCUGCGUCUGCGACGAAACGCAGGUCGAAGCGGUUUUGUAUAUGUGCGGACAUAUGUGCACGUGCUUGAAAUGUGCCAAUGAACUACACUGGAGUGGAGGGAAAUGCCCGAUUUGUCGAGCUCAGAUUAUGGACGUUGUUCGUGUCUUUUUCGAUACAAGAAACUGAAAUAAAAAGGGUUCUUAAACGAGUCCACUAACCCUUUAGGCCCUCUGUUUUACUCAUCGCGUUUAUUUGGCGUUUUGGGUCUGAGUAUCGUAAUGUUCUCUUUAAUAUUAGGUUUUUUGUUACCAACAUUAUAACGAAAGGUUUUGUUUAGUUUUAUAAAGUCAAGUUUUUGGUGUCC